UUAACAAAAUCUGCUGAAGAAAAAUAUAACAUAUUCUAUAUUCAUAUAGUAUCAAAUCAUUUGCAGGAAGAUGAGACGCAUUCGGUGACAUUGUCGGACAAGACGGCCACUCCCCGCUCCAGGCACACCUACGUAGACGACGCCUAUGGCAACAGUCUGCCUCCGGAUCUGCCAUCUUUCCCGGCCCGCGUUCCACCCACCUCCCCUUCCAUGCAGUCAUCCCAGUCCAACACACCGGAUCAAGUCCUUUACGGAAUACGCUCGGCACCACUAGCUAGCCCCGUAUACGCACACAUGACGCCGCACGGCAUCUACGGAACUACCACCAUAUCGGCGGCCACAAACGGCUUCAUGACGCUGCAGCAUCCCAAGGCACGUAACCUGGCGCUAAUUGCUUCCAACAACUCGCGGCAGCACCAGCAAAUAGCUGCCGCUCUUCACCACCAGCAGGCCGCUGCGUCCCCGUUCCUUCCAGCCCCUGUAGUAUACUCGCCGACCACGGCCGUGGUAAUGAAACAGGGAUACAUGACCAUUCCGCGAAAGCCACGUAUUCCCAGUUGGGCUCCCACUAGCGACUUUCAGUCGCCUACUUCGCCCAACCCGAGCGAGACGGGAACAGAGACCACAGCGGAGCUGCAGGCCGAGCCCGUCUAUGACAACCUAGGGCUACGCACCACUGCCGGGGGGAACUCCACGCUAAAUCUACCCAAGGCUCUUGGAGCCCAGGGAGCACAGCAGUUGUACUCGAUGCGCGAUCGUCCCCUUCCCGCCACUCCCAGUCUUACGUCAGUGGUCUCUGCGGCGAAUGGGACCAAGAUCUACGAACCCAUUCACGAGCUGAUCCAGCAACAGCAGCAACAUAUGCAACGGCAGCAUCAACAACCACACAUGUAUCCCUCAGAAACAGAGUCUCUAUCCGGGGGAAAAAACCAUGGGAUUGCUAUAAUUCCGGGUGCCAGUAUUAGUGCAGCUGGCCUGGGUAACUCCACCUGUUUUUCUUCCUCGAUGGUGGCAUCAGGGUCCCCCACUCACUCCAGCGUCGCCAACUCCGCUUCACCGAAGAUUGCAAAGAUACCACCAAGGCCACCACCGAAGCCCAAGAAGAAGAUGUCCGUGACGGCGACGCGCAGGGGGCAGGGCAGUACAAGUCAGCUGUUUGACGACGAGGGCGAGGAUGGCACCGAGAAUUCUGAUGGAAACCAAGUACGCAUGGAUAUGUAUUAUGUGUUGUCUCGAGCUGCNGGAGCCCAGGGAGCACAGCAGUUGUACUCGAUGCGCGAUCGUCCCCUUCCCGCCACUCCCAGUCUUACGUCAGUGGUCUCUGCGGCGAAUGGGGCCAAGAUCUACGAACCCAUUCACGAGCUGAUCCAGCAACAGCAGCAACAUAUGCAACGGCAGCAUCAACAACCACACAUGUAUCCCUCAGAAACAGAGUCUCUAUCCGGGGGAAAAAACCAUGGGAUUGCUAUAAUUCCGGGUGCCAGUAUUAGUGCAGCUGGCCUGGGUAACUCCACCUGUUUUUCUUCCUCGAUGGUGGCAUCAGGGUCCCCCACUCACUCCAGCGUCGCCAACUCCGCUUCACCGAAGAUUGCAAAGAUACCACCAAGGCCACCACCGAAGCCCAAGAAGAAGAUGUCCGUGACGGCGACGCGCAGGGGGCAGGGCAGUACAAGUCAGCUGUUUGACGACGAGGGCGAGGAUGGCACCGAGGUUUAGCUUGACGAUAAACACGACAAUGCAUUGGAAUGGGAAAGGCCCUGUAAACCCGCAGCAGCCAACUGGAGCCUAAACCAAAAAGAAAUCAGCCUAUUCUCCUGCCAGCACAAACACCUGGUGACCAUUUUCACUUGGUUGUUCCGAAACGAACGCUAUUCGCGUGACGUGCGUGCCAAACGACUGAUGUAGAAUUUAGUAAUUAAACCGAUAAGCAUACGACACGCACGAAUAUUCAAAAUCAAACAGGUACUGCAGCUCAGAAACGGAUACAGAUGCAGACAAUACAAAUGAAGCAUAAACUCAACCAAGAAAAUCAAUUUUGUAAAUUUAAAGAAUUCUGAUGUAAACCAAGUACGCAUGGAUAUGUAUUAUGUGUUGUCUCGAGCUGCGGCAGAUCGAAAUAUUUUAGCAUUAUGUAAUCCCAAGUACAGCCCAAAAGUACCCACCAAUACAACCCAAAAAAUACUCUCUUUUUGUUUUGAGAAGUCUAGUUUUGUUGAUGCAAAAAUGAUAAAAAUCAAAAUUCCACACACACAGAAGAAGCAAAAUUUAAAAGAGGCAAACUUUACUCAAA